GAUUUUCUGUAUAAAUAGCCGGAAUCCGUACUCAAGUUACUUUACUUAAAUAGAAAAUUUAUCUCAGAGGCGGUGAAGUGAAGAGAAUUACACUAUUUUCCAAAAACACCAGAAGAAACACUAUUUGUUUAUCUGCUGUGACCUUUUUCACUGAGCUGAGUGAUUUUUUUUUCUUAUAACCAAUAGGGGUAGGAUUUCACAGUUUGCAAACUCUGUGUAUGAUAAGCACGUCAAAUCUAACACAUAGAAGUUAAUUUCUGCAACACAUAUUUCUGGUUAUAUAUGGUCAAUAAAAAAGUUUAAAAAUAGUUGGGGAGCGACCGACCGACGCUGUGUAGAACAUUUUUAAUACGGGGAACUUGUUCGCGCACCUUGUUCAGUCUCUCUGAUUAUUUAACUGAAAACGAGAUAUGAAUGGAAUUAAUGUGAGUAUUCUACGUGCUAUCACAACUCGACAAAAACGGUUGACAAUAAGAAAUAAACAACUUCGUCAUUUGACAAACAGUGUAGGAUUUCUCGACUGGUUGGUUGUUUUAGACCUACGAUCGAAUAAUUUAUCCACACUUCCAAUUCUUCUUCCAAGAAAUCUGGAAGUUAUCAAUUUAGGCAAUAAUGUAUUUACAGACAUACCUGAGGCUGUAUAUGAAUUAACUCUACUCAAAUCAAUCAGUAUUUACAAUAAUCGCCUUCAAAGCAUUCCAAGCUUACUUUUUGAGAAAUUGGUGCAUCUCGAAUACAUGAAUUUCAAUCACAAUGCUAUAGAAAUGUUGUGCGAUUCAAUAUCCAAUCUUGUCAGCUUAAAAUAUUUAUCAAUGUCUCACAAUGCACUGAAAGCAUUACCUGAUUCUAUUGUGUCCAAUGCUGAUUCACACUUGGAAUACUUAAAUUUAGGCUAUAAUCAAAUUUUAAUACUGCCGUUCAAUAUUCAUCGACUACAAAGAAUGAAGACGCUUAUUUUGCACAAAAAUUUCUUGUCACGUCUACCCGAGACAUUCGGUUUACUUGAGUCACUGGAAAUUCUGGAUUUAGCAGGCAAUAACUUACAACUAUUACCAUCCAGUUUUGUACAACUGAAAUUGAAGGAGUGCUACAUAGAAGCCAAUCCAUUCACAAGAAACGAUCUAUUCACUUCAAUAUAUCGAGAGGAUCCAAUGACUUUAAAAGAAAUAGCGCUUCGAAAACUUUCAUCUCUCAGAAUAAUCAGAAUCGGCGAAAGCAAUCCUUGGCUAGAAAGUAUAAUAGGCGUGAAAACAUGGCGGUCAGCUGGCUUCUGUGCUCUUUGUAAACAGCCUUUUAUAACAUUUUGGCUAGAAGGUGUUCACUUUGUCAAUCUCAUCGAGUUGAUGAAAUGCAAGAACCUACUACUAUUGGGUAAGAAAGGUUCAGAAAUAUUAUAUCCUCUGAGAAAUGUAUUCUGCAGUUAUCAGUGUUUGAAAGCAACUGAUAAUUGUUAUGGACUGGCUAUCGCCUAACCGAUGAUCAAUAAAAAUACUGUUAGAAACAGCAUUGAAGUACUUUCUUUCAUAUAUGGUUAUAUUAGAAUGUUUCAUGGAAUCCUAAAUACACACUCAAAGACUCUUACGUAACACUUCCACUUGUGUUUAUCCAAACACUCUAUUAAGAAUUAUCUACUUUUUUUUCUUGCGAAAUAGUGUGCAUACUUAUCUACACUCGAGAGUAUUGACUUGAAACAUCCUCCAGUUUACUCAGUACACAUACUGUAACUAUUCAGCUUACUCUUUAUAUUAGUUCUCUUCUUUCAAUCAUUAUAAUAAUUAUAGAUUAUUACGCCA